AUGAGAAAACGAAAUCGACAAGAUUUAGAAAAUCAUCAAUUCAUUAAUUCGGAGGAAAUAUUCAUUAACAAUAUUAUGGAAGAGAAAUCAAAAAGUGUGAAACUUCAACAAGAAAUAUUUUCAGAUGAUGUUUGUUUUGAAAUAAUUUCCAUGCUUGAUGAUUCGUGGUUUAUUUUAAAUAAUUGUUCUUUAAUUUCAAAACAAUUCUUUAAUGUGAUCAAGGAACGCUCAAAACUUGGUAUUCAAUUUAAAAAAAAAUUUACAGAGAAACGAGUUGAAUUAUUCAUGAAAAGUCAAUUCCUGAAUAGUAUUGUUAAGGUUAAAGUUUAUCGUUGGUUGCUUGCCUCUUUAGUAAAAACCAACCAGACCAAAUUUAUAAGUGAAAUGAAACAAUUAACAUCACUCAAUAUUACUAAUAAUCAAAUUUGUGUAGAAGGAGUUAAAUAUAUAAGUGAAAUGAAACAAUUACUAUCACUUAACAUUUCUGAAAAUGAAAUUGGUGAUAAAGGAGCCAAAUACAUAAGUGAAAUGAAACAAUUAACAUCACUCAAUAUUUAUGACAAUGAAAUUAGCAAUGAAGGUGUCAAAUACCUAAGUGAAAUGAAACAAUUAACAUCACUUAAUAUUGGUGUAAAUCGAAUUAGUGAUGAAGAAGCCAAAUAUAUAAGUGAAAUGAAACAAUUGAUAUCGCUUAAUAUUGGUUACAAUGAAAUUGGUGAUAAAGGAGUUAAAUACAUAAGUGAAAUGAAACAAUUAACCUCACUCGAUAUUGGUGAUAAUCCAAAUUGGUGA